CCUUCUUUUCUAUUGAUUUAUUACCAAUAUGUUGCAGAGUCAGGAUCUAAUUUCAUAGUACUUUUGAAACUGUCCUUGUCCUUUUUCUGUAAGGAAGAAUAGAAUAAGGAAGAUUGCUAUUUGAUGACAUAAAAAAAGUAGGGAUAAAACUACCAAAUAAAUACUGGAGCAGAAUAACUGAGAAAAAAGAGGAAGUAAUAGAAAGCCGGGAAUAACUGAAGGAGGAAGAACCCCUUUUAGGAAGAGUAAGAUUAUCCACCUGGAUGGCAGGAUCUUUGAAACAAGCCUUUUGACUCUUUCUUUAAAUCCCACUUCCUUUAAUACAAACUUCUCCACAAAUCACUUACAAAUCUCGUUCCCUGCUGGAUACUGUACCUUGGGGUUACUUCUGGAAAUGGGAAUUUCAUUACUUUCAGUAAUCUGUCUGAAUACCUUAAGUCUUUGGCUUGCUCUAGGAAAAACCAGAACGUCUUGCAUGGACUAAUUAAAAAUUGAGUUAUAUGGCUGUCAGAGAAACAGUGCAAAGUCUAUUUUUCUAUUCAUUUUACCGGCACUUUACCCAGCAUCACACGCACCUCAGCAAUACACUCAUCUAUGGAGCGGGGGAACCCCUUUUUUAUUUCUUUUGUGCCCCCCCAUCAGUCUUUCAACACAGGAAUAAAACAUCUAGUAUAGUACUCUGACUGUAUCAAGUGCUCAAUAAAUCUCUCCAACUGAACGACGAAAUAUCUUUUUUUUCUCCUACAAGAUAGAAAAUACAGAAUUCUAACUGGAGAGUCUUGUAGUGCUCCUUUGCCUAGAGAAGGAGACACGUGCCUGUUCUUUGCCCUGAAGAUUUUUUCCAUUUCCUUAGCCUUUGCUCUCUGGCUUCGGGCUCUGACUACAGUGUGAGGGCGGCACUCGCUUUCAGUAUUUCUGUCUGGAGUCUUGAGACAGCGGCUCCUUUAUCUCUCCCUCCCCUCCUCACCUCCCUUUCUUCCUCCCCCACCCCCCGCCCCACUUCAGCUGUACGCAAAACCCCGGUUCCCCGGCUGUUUAGAACCCGGGGGGCAUUGACGUCAAGCGUUGGAGAAGCACUGCCGACAGACAGGUGACCCAGCCCCUCCGCCCCAGCCCCCCUUCCUUUUCCUGCCUCCCUCCCGCACAUUGGAGUCAGAGAUUUAGUAUAAAAUCCGAGGGUCCAUAAAGUGUUCAGGACUUCAGCACCAUGGAGAGCUCCCGCCUGAGGCAGCUACCCUUACUGGGUGUCACUUUGCUGUUGCUCCUUCUCGGAGCCAGCUGCCAAGAGGAUUCCGGUCUGCAGCCUAGAGCCUUGGACAUCUACUCCACAGUGGAGGAUACUUCUCAUGAAAAGGAACUGAUAGGAGCUUUGCAGGAAGUCCUGAAGAAGCUGAAAAGUAAACGCAUCCGGAUCUACGAGAAAAAGUAUGGCCAGGUCCCUAAGUGUGAUGCUGGAGAGCAAUGUGCAAUAAGGAAAGGAGCCAGAAUUGGGAAACUAUGUGAUUGUCCUAGAGGAACUUCCUGCAAUUCCUUUCUCCUGAAGUGCUUAUAAAGAAGCUCCCCAGUCCCUCAUUUUCCCCACUCUUCCACAAACGGAACACACACUUAUCUCUUGUGUUUCUCUGCAGAAUCACACUCAGCCUGCAGUCUCACCUGAAGACAGUGAAACUUUUUUCUUGCAGUUUAUAGUUAUGAGAAUGUAGUAGGAAUUAUUGUGUUGGAAGAUAAACUAUGUAGGGUGUUGAAACAUCUGUAUUCUCUCUCCAUUUCAUUUUAUUUACCUGUCCAACUUAUGUGUACCUGAGUAUAAAAAAGCUCAACUUAUCUUUGCAAAUUGUAUUUUUGUAAGUGGAGUGUCCUAAGGAAAAUUAGAUCUAGGCAACUUAAGUAGGUAAUAUCACAAUCCAGAAAAAUCAUCCCCCACAAAAAACUAAUGCAGCAUGUAUAAAUUACACAUAAUAAAGUGUUUUUAAUAAUUGCUUUUAUUGUAUUGUGGUAACCAAUUAAGUUAAUUCAGGAAAAAUGGUAUGAUUAGGUAUUUUGUAGAUCUUUUCAAGAAAAGAAUAAUUUAAAAAUCAUGCUUAAUCAGGAAUCUAUAUCACAUCAUUCUACUAGUUCUGAUUUCUUUUUCAUUGAGGAUUCUAUUACCUGAGCAUCAUUGUCAAAGAUUUGGUUGAGAAUCAAUGUGGAAUGACAAUCAAUGUGAGGUCUUUGAAUGUGAGUGAAGCUUUAAGCAUGGAAAGAGUGAGAAAGAUACAUGGGUUUAGCUUUGUAUGAUUUUGAUGAUUAAAAUAUCUUUUUCAAGGCAAUGUAGAUUUUGAGAACUGGAAAGGAAAAAUAUAAAUCAGCAACUUGUGACAAUGAUCAACCACAAAAGGCAUUUUUAGAAAAUGAGAAACAAUGUUUUCUGAAUAUCAUCAUUAGUGAAUAUAAAUGGAUUCCUAACUCUAUGUGUGGGUGUAUGUAAGUGUGAGCACACACAGGCAAGCAGAAGGGAAACAAACAAGUCAGAUGCUUUGGCCUCUCUGGGUAUGGGAUCCAAUCAUUGCUCCAAGAAAGCAAAUUCUCUGAGGGAUUCUGUGUCCAGUGAGAGAAAUAAUCAUGAAGACAAUAAUUGCCUUCUGAUGAACAAAUAUAAGUUGCUAGGGAUGAGUUAAAACUGAGGAAAGCAAAAUUCUAACUCCAAGUUUUAGUUUUAGCCUUUAAAAAUAAGCUCUAAAUAUUGGUAUUUAAAUGUGCUAUAGUUAUUCCUUAAUUUUUGUUUUGGGAAGCUUAAAAUAAUAUUCAGGGAGCAUAAUAAUAACAGCAAGUAAAACAACAGCUCAAUUUUUUUUCUAGUACUUUAAGGUGUAAAAAUCAAGUUUCUGAGAUAGGCAGUACAAAUAUUAUUUCCCCUCAUUUUAAAGAUGAAGGAACAUGACUCAGAAUGUGCAAUGACUUGCCUGUAGCCAAUUCACUUGCUAGUAAAUGUAGGUGCUGGAUUUUGAACCUCUGAAUCAAAAUCCACUUCUUUUUUUGGGACUAAUGAACAAUAUAAAAGACAAUUUGUACAGAUUUAGGAAUAAGGGAGUCUUGUUUUCUAUCAAAUAACAAAGGAAAGAAAAGGUCUUAUAGUAAAAGGUGCCUGGUUAGUCUCAGAAGUCUUUGAGUGGCUAGCAAAAAAGCUCCUACUAGGUUGUGAUAUAUUCCAGUAAGAAUAAGUGAUUUAAUACUCCUGAUAGUACCAGAGCAUCCCAUGCAAAGGAUUUUAAUGUUUUUCAACAAAAUGAAUCAACAGCAUAACAUGGCAGCUGAAAAAACUAAUGUGAUUUUACACUAAUAGAAAUAUGACAUACAGAAUAAGGAAGAUGACCAGGUCUCUAUGGAUACUCAAACCAAUCUCUCCUCUUUCCUCACUACUGAAUUUCACUUGCAGUUUAUAGUUCAGGAUAAUAUCCUAAGAAUCAAAUUCCUGAUAUAAAUGGCUACAAGUAUU